UUAUUCUGCAAUAACGUUGCUUGUGUAAAAAGGGAGUAAUAGGUAGUGGUUAGAGAAGAAGAUUGCAGGUUAUGUAGCUAUGUGGGCAUCGCAUUUGAGAAUUGGUUUGCCACCCUUUGUUACAGAUUGCAUACCAAGUAUCGAAGGCCAAUAUGGAGUCAGCUGCAUCACUAUUGAUUGGGAAAAUUGCGGCCAUUCUUGAGAACAAAGCAUCUUCCAUAGCGGCAGUCCAUGAUGAAGUUGAUGAGCUUAAGCUGGAGCUCAUAAGCAUGAAAUCUUUCUUAAUAGAUGCUGAAGGCAAGGAAGCACAAACAGAAGGAGAGAAAACGUGGGUUACAAGCGUCAGAGAUUUGACCUGCGAUGCGGAAAAUGUCAUUGAUAAGUUCCUUUAUCACAUAUAUGAUAAACAAAGUGCGUCUCCAUUUGCAAAAUUGCUCCACAGAACCAUUUACUUUCCAAAGAAUCUUUGGUAUCGGCAUCGAAUAGCCAAAAAAUUACAGAAAAUCACAAAAAAGAUCAAAGCCAUUCCAGAGAGGAAUGAGAGAUAUGGUGUCUCUACAAUAGAAGGAACAAGUUCGGAUGGUGUUCCCAGAUGGGUGAAGAACAAAGCCGAGUCGUCUCUUUAUAUUAUGGAAGACGAACUAAUCGGGAUUGAAGACAAGAAGCAAAGGUUAAUGGGAUUGUUGAUGAAUGGUGGGGAAAAUGAAAUGGUUGUUUCUGUGGUCGGGAUGGGAGGAUCAGGCAAGACAACUCUUGUUGCCAAUACCUUCAACAACGAAAAUGUAAAGCGGCAUUUUGACUGUUAUGCAUGGAUCACUGUUUCUCAAACCUAUGUGAUCGAAGACUUGUUCAAAAAUCUGAUCAAGCAAUUCCACCGAGGAAGAAAGGAAGAGGUGACUCAACAUUUGGAUUCCAUGAGUUACAAAGAAUUGUUAGAGAUGUUGUCGACAUACUUGAAGUCUAAAAGGUACCUCGUUGUAUUGGAUGAUGUGUGGGAUAUUAAACUUUGGGAAGAAAUAAGGAUACCACUUCUUAAUAGACACCAUGGAAGUCGAAUCAUGCUUACAACUCGAAAGAAAGACAUAGCCUUCUAUUCUUUUGAAGUUGAAAGAUGUCCUUUUGAAAUUGAACCUUUGGAAAACAAUGAAGCUUGGGAGCUCUUUAGCAAGAAAGCAUUCUCAAGUUACAAUAAUAAAUCUUGUCCACCAGAGCUUGAAUCAUUAGCAUGGAAACUUGUGGAAAAGUGUAAAGGCCUACCUCUGGCAGUGGUAACUUUAGGUAGUCUAAUGUCUUCCAAGAAGUCAUCUUCGGAAUGGAAAACUGUAUACAAAAGCUUAAAUUGGCACUUGACUAACAAUCCUAUGCUAGAACCAAUGAGCAGCAUCUUAUUGCUUAGUUUCAACAAUUUGCCCAACCGGUUGAAGCCAUGUUUCCUAUAUUGCGCUCUUUUCCCAGAAGAUUAUCUCAUCAAAAGAAAAAGGUUGAUCAGGUUAUGGAUAGCUGAAGGGUUUGUUGAACCAAUUGAUGGGGUCACACCAGAAGAAGUUGCAGAGGGCUAUCUUGUGGAACUUAUUGUUCGUAGCAUGCUACAAGUUGAAAUGAAUGAAGCUGGAGGACUAGGAGCAUGUAAAAUGCAUGAUCUUGUGCGUGAGCUUGCCUUGUCGACAUCAAAAAAGGAAAAGUUUGGUGCUGCAUAUGUUGGCAGAGAAAUAGUAGAUAAAGCUGAUUUCCGCCGAUUGUCAAUUCAAACAACUGAAAGAGAAAUUAAUUCUUGCACAGGUAUGUCAGAGCUUCACUCCCUUCUUGUCUUUGGCACGUUAAAGAAAUUGCCUUCUGGAUUGAAGUUGUUGAGAGUUCUAGAUAUGCAGGAUGCUCCAAUUGAUAGAUUUCCAGGUGAACUAGUGUACUUGUUCAACUUAAGAUAUUUAAAUUUGAAGAGAACCUUAAUUGACGAGCUUCCAGAAUCUAUCGGACGGCUUCGCAACCUUGAAACCUUGAACAUAUGUCAGAGUAAGAUAAGGGCACUUCCAAAAGCAAUCUCCAAGUUAGUAAACCUAUGCCAUCUAAUCAUGUAUUGUUACACUGGUGAUUGGGCGGCCUUUAGAAAUUUCAAUGGGACAAAAACAGCAUCGAAUCUAAGUAAAUUACAGAAAUUGCAAGUUUUGCAUUCUGUUGAAUCAGAAGGAAAGAUUAUUAAAGUCAUCAGGAAUAUGACCCAACUUACAAGCCUCGGUAUUACAAAUGUGAAAGCAAGUGACGAGAUGGACCUCUGUGACUCCCUUCAAAAGUUAGAGCUCCUUCACACUUUGCUUUUAAAGGCAAGUGAUGAAGAGGAGUUUCUUCGAGUUAAUGCGCUACGUUCACCUCCUCCAGACCUUCAAAACGUUUUUGGCCGGAAAACUAGAAAGGUGCCUCUUUGGUUAGGUUCACUCCAAAACCUGACACGUAUGCAUCUACGUUGGUCUAGACUUGAAGAAGAUGUGCUACCUCACAUUCAAGCAUUGCCGAAUCUUGAAAGGCUUGGGCUAUUUAAUGCAUAUGUUGGCGAAAAAUUGUGUUUCUCCAGAGGCUUCAUAAAGCUUAAGCAUUUAUGCUUGGUCAACUUCCCCUUAUUGAAUGGUAUAUUUAUAGAGAAAGGGGUGAUGCCAAAUCUCCGGGGCUUAGACAUUGCGUGCUGCCUGGAGUUAAAGGCAUUGCCGCAGGGCAUUGAGUUCCUUGCUAACGUAGAACGCUUGAAUCUGAGUAUUGUUCCAAUGCAACUUAUAGAGUCCGUAAGAGGAGGCAUGGAUCAUCCAAAGGUACAACAUAUUCCUGAAAUCCAGUGUGGUAUGAGAGAGAAAAUAGGCGGUGUCAUGAAAACUUUUUUGGUAUACAGAAGAAUCAAGCCUCAUAAGCACUUGUGAGACUGCAGUGAGUUAUCCUUUGUGCCAGUUGAUUUUGCGGUGAAUCUCAACUUUCGUUAUAGUAACAGAGCUGACUAUAUACGUGUUGAGUCAUUCGCCCUACAAGGAAGAAUCUCCCUGUUGUUUGUGCGUUGUGUGAAGUUGCAAACGUUGAUCAAUCUAGGUUUCUUAUUUGCCCUUUGUGAAAUUGAAUAAUGCCCAAGAUUCUAUUUGUGUAACUGAAACUUAUAUUAUUGAUUGCUUGCUUGUGUUUUGAUGUAAUAAUAUUGCUUGGAACUGAAUCUGUCAGUGUCACUGAUGAGAAUAAUGCCCAAGAUUCUCUUUGUGUAACAAGAACUUAUAUUAUUAUUUGCU